GUGAAUUGGGUGGAGUUCGGGUUAGUCGGUCGGGUCACGGGUUAGUCUGAUUCGAGUCAAUCGAGUUCGGGUUAAUCGGGUUGUGGUCAAUCAGGUUGCGGGUUAGUCGGGUUGCGGGUUAAUCGGAUUGUGAGUCAAGCGGUUUACGGGUUGUUGAUUUUUAUUCAAUUCGGGUUGUGGACGGGUUGCAGGUCGGAUUGAUUGGGCGGGUUAGUCGGGUCGGGUUAUGUUUUGACACCUCUAUCUAUGAGUGAGAAGGGAACGGAAAAGAAAAGAUUGUAGGCUCUAUAAGCGUAUCGACUGAAAGAUAAGGGACCUUAACGUAGUUUUCCUAGAAUUCAGGGCCGGUUUUGGUUUUUAUUAAUUGUGGUCCAGGCGUCCAGCUCAUUCGGCGAAAGAAUUAACCCGGUUAGGUCUUUCUGAACCGCGUCUUCUUACAAAGAGUCACAAGCCCGAUUUCGUCUUUCGCCGCCGCCACCAACAACCUCUCUCCUUCUCCAAUCUUGAAAAUCAAUUCUCCGAUCUCCUCCUUGAUUCUUCAUCCAAUCCUUCAAAUCGUUGCCCGAUUCGUUCAAUUCGAUUCGUUCUCUGUCGAUCGACACCUUUUUUCCCUCCUGCCGUUGAGUUUUGAUUAACAUAGGGUUAGGGUUCCAGAUCUGCCAUAUUCGACGCCUCUAUUCCACCGAUCCUUCAUAGUUUUGCCUUUGAUUCGUCUUAUUGUUUGAUUUCACCUACCGAUUUCCCUCCAAUUUUGCGGAUAAUCGUGUUCCGGUCGCGUCCUUGGGGUUUCGAUUUUUUUCGGUAGUUUCGAUCUGCGUCGUCUCGUUCGAUUCUUCGAAUAGGUUGAGGGGUUUUGUUCCCUGGGCUAUUACUUUGACGAAAAAUCCCUUUUUGAUACGUCAAUUCGUUGUUUGAUCGGUGAAUUCGAAAUCUAGGGUUAGGUUUUUUUUUUGAAAAAAAUUCGUGGACUCUGUUUGCCUAAAUUGGUUUGGGGGUUUCGUCAAUUGGCCUCUGUUGAUUGUUUGAAGUCAUUAAUUCGGUGUUUCUGACUGCUAAUUUCUGCUCCAAUUGUCCAAUUUCGUCCGGAGGCUUGAACGUGAAGAACACUUUUAAGGUAACUUGUUUUAAAUUGGGAUUGAUUACCUUUAAAAUUUGUAUGGGUCACUGGAUGACCAAAUUGAUGAGUUCUCUUCGUUCAAUUGGAGUGUGUUAUCAUGAAGCUGGUAGUUCCGGUACUCUAGCUUUGUGGGAGUGUUUUGAUCUUUGACAAGUUAAUGAUGAUUGCCAAUUUUUGCAUUAAACGCUGCACCGCUGCUGUGUGCGUUACUUCUAUUGUUCAGCGACACUGCUAGCUUGGUCUUGAAAUGAUACUCUAAUGUCUUGCAUGCUUUGCAGGUUGAUAUGGGAUAUAAAAGGCUAUUUGAUGAUACUGAUUUUCAAGAGCUUCCCUCAAAGCAAGCAAGACAGCUGGACUUCAGCACUAGAUCGACUCAGUUUGCAGAAAACCUGCCUUACAUGAGUUCUCCUAAGAAACCUGAUUCUUCAGUUAACCAGGACAAUAGGAAUGGAAAACCUCUGCGGCAUGAGGCAUCUGAAAAUGCUGUUGUGCCCAAGAAUUGCACCAAUGAGGAUGUCAGCUUCAAAGUUGCAGCUUGCUCUUCCUUAUCUCCUCAAUAUCCCGAUUAUAGGGGCCUAUGGGAAUUUAUCCCAUUCAGCAAUGUCUACAUUCCUUACUUUGACCGCUUCCCAAGAAAGCAAGUUCCUCUAGGACAAAACCAUCAAGCCAUCAUCCCUCCACUGUGUUCCAAUGUUGAGAAGCACAAGAAAGGGGCUGAAGGAUUAUCUGAGCCAGAUGCUUUGUUAAUGUCAAGCGACGAGGAGAAGAAGCUAAUGGGCACUUGCAUCCUUCCGAUGCCUGAUACUGAAUGUUUCUCUCCUGACCAGGUUGGAGUUAGUGGAUCUAAUUGUUGCUGCCUAGAUUCAGGGUCACUGAGAUGCGUGCGACAACAUGUAUCAGAGUCUCGGGAUAAGCUGAAAAAAUCUUUGGGUCAUGAGAAUUUCUCGAGCUUAGGGUUUAAUAACAUGGGAGAAGAGGUAGCAUGGAAAUGGACCGAGGAUGAAGAGCGUUUGUUCCAUGCUGUUAUCUAUUCCAACCCUGCAUCCUCUGGUCAGAACUUCUGGAACCACCUUACACAAGUAUUUCCUGCUCGGUCCAUGGACGAAAUUGUAAGCUAUUACUUCAACGUCUUCAUGCUUCGAAAGCGGGGGUCUCAGAACAGAUCCGAAGUCCUCGACGUCGAUAGUGAUGAUGAUGAAUUGCAUGGGAUUGAUGUAGGCUCGUAUGAAGGUGAAGAAGACUCGGAAGAAGAAGAGGAAGGUUCCGGUGUUGAAUCUCCCGUUGAGGAUUAUAGUCGUCAAUUGAACCGCGGUGAGGAUAUUGUUACUGAAGAUGACGACGAUGAUGACGACGAUGAUGGUGAUGGAAGCAGCCACAUGGGAAAUUGUUGUUAUGGAGGUUUUACAGGAGAUGAGAACUCAGGAGGGGUUGAUUACGUCUCGGAGGGAGCACCAUGUGGUAAUAAGUCGUUUUCUGGUAACAUGUACGAUUCUGUGUUCAAACAUGCACCAGAGAAGCAUGAUGAUGACCAGACUGCUAUCCAAGAUGACUCAUGCACGUCUUUUGAGUUCCAAGCAGAUAAGGAUGAUCCUUGUUACCACCUGACAGGGGAGGGGGAGGCUGCUGCUCUUCAUGGGAGUGGAGUUGAUAAUGUUUAUGUCAAGAGUUGCUCAAGUGGCGGUCAAGUGGAUGCUUGCAGCUACAUGAUGGAUGUGGUGCCCAUGCUGGAUUUUCAUAACGAUGAAGUUUUGUACAGACUCUACUCCAGUCCGGAAAAACUGCCCGCAGAAGAUGCAGCCGGAGACUAUAUGGUUCAAGAUUACUCAUGCCUGCCUUCGGAACCCGUCGGAGUUGCAGUAGAAGAUGGUGGAGCUGAGAAUGGAGUAGUCUCUGGCAAAGUAGAUAGCGGGUGCAGUGAUGCGAUGGAUCUGAUUCCCAUGUUGGAUUUUCGCGAUGAGAAAGCAUGGGAUGCUAUUUUCCCGGGCUCUGUAUAGGGGGGCUCUGGUUACUGCAGCAUCAUUGAAGGGGGAAAAGAUGUGAAAUUACCAGAAAGACUGAGCAAUUGGCAACUGCUUUUCUCGGAAAGAUCAGUAGCACAUUCAUCCGUUGUUGCACUAAAGCUCAGUGCAGCUUGUGAGAUGGCCGAAGUGGCCAGGAGGAAGAAAACAGCAGGAAAAUUUGUUCUUUUCUUUUUGGCUCUCGAUGUACAUUCUUAAUGUGGCAUGGCAGUGCCACCGGCCUUUUCCCCUGUCCCAUUUUUCUUGGGUAUCAAGUGAAAUACCCAAAUUCUGGAUCAAUAGAUAGAUAUGGGGAAAGAGGUACUGGAAGAGCCAAUUGACAUGUAAAUAACAUAUCUAUUCAGAUAAACUGAUUUGACUGCACCUUGAGAAGGGCUCCCCCAUAUCAGAAAUGGUGCUCUGUUUUGGAUACUUUGUAACAGAAUGUUACCUAAACGAACUUAGAAUUAGGUGGCAAAGCUUUUUUUCUUCUUGAAAGCUCCUGCCACUUGGCCAAAGUUGGCCAAAGGAGGUAGAGUUAUGAAAUUUGGAGGUAGAGUUAUGAAAUUUGAGAAUGUAAUUGGGUGCAUAGAUAAUUGUUGUAUAAUUUUGUUUGAAAAUACGUGAUAAAAAUAGUGAAUUUUAGCAAAAAAUGGCAUGAAUGAUGCGAUAAAAAUUAAGUCUUAUG